GACACGUAAUAAAUUCACGGACUAACCGUUGAUUGUUGUAAAUUAUCAGCUGUCAGCUUUUUAAAAAAUAUAAGAUAUAAUUGUAAAAAGUUAUGGCUUUGAAUGCAGCUAAGGCAGCUCUAAAACAGGGCAAGACUGCUCUUUUUGUUUGUGAUAUGCAAGAAAGAUUUGCUAAAGUUAUCUAUGAAUUUGAUAAAAUUACAACUAAUUCUUUAAAAUUAAUCCAAGCUUGUAAAAUACUUAAUGUUCCAAUGAUUGUAACCGAACAAAACCCAUCAGCUUUAGGCAAAACUGUUCCUCAACUGGAUAUUGGAGGAGCAUCUGGUGUUUUUGCAAAAACUCAAUUUAGCAUGUACACAUCUGAGGUUAGCACAGCACUGUCUGCACUUUGUAGUAAUGGACCACCCGAAUCAAUCAUUCUUAUUGGUAUUGAGUGUCAUGUUUGUGUGGAAAAUACAGCUAUUGAUCUAAGGAAAAAUGGAUUUGAAGUUCACACUAUUGCUGAUUGCUGUUCAUCUAGAACUCAAGAGGAUAGGUUACUAGCUUUAGAUAGAAUGAAACAAAUGGGAUGUCACAUUGCUACAUCUGAAAAUGUAAUAUUCAAACUCUUGGGAGAUGCUAAACAUAAAGAUUUUAAGCAAAUACAAAGUUUAGUAAAAGCUCCAUCAUUGAGCACUGGCUUAGCAAUAUCCAAGAUUUAAAAAUAUUCUUAUUACAGUUAUACCCUUGUUAAAAAUGUGCAAUUUUUUUCAAAUAAAUAUAUUUUUUAGAGA